AGGAGGUGGGCACACUGCUGGCAACAAAAAAUAAGUGAAAAGGCAACAAAAUAUUGGAAAAAGUAAAAUUUAGUCAAAAUACAUUAGAUCGGGGCAAAUUAUAGUUAUUUCUAAUAACUUCCUCAAAGUUCGUGCCCUUUCUGAAAUAUGUCGGAUAACGAGGAAGUAGAGGCGGCGUCGCCGGAGCCUGCGAGCACCAACGCCGUGUCCGCCAAGCCACUACAAAUGUCCUUUGCGGAUUGGAAGAAGUGCAAGGAGGCACUUGCCAAGCCGGAAUCCAAGUCCGGUGGACAACAGCGCGGCAAUAGCAACAACAACAAUAAUAAUAAUCAUAAUAAUAAUAGUAAUAAUAAUAAUUAUAACAAUAAUAAUAAUUACAACAAUAAUAGCAACUGGAAUAACAACAACAACGGAGGACGGAGACAAAACAACAACGACAACAGAGGCUUUCAGGGAGGCGGCGGACCAUGGAACCAAAACAGAAACAAUUUUCCGCCGCUGAGCAGACCCCCGCCACUACCAAUGCAGCUACUGAACAUGGGCAUGGGGUAUGGAGGCAAUUUUGGCGGUAACUUCGGCCCGGGUCCAGGUCCCUGCGGUCCGGGCGGACCCAUGGGACCUUGCGGCCCGAUGCGGCCAAUGGGUGGCGGCCCUUGCGGUCCAAUGGGUCCUGGCGGUCCCAUGGGUCCUGGCGGUCCCAUGGGUCCUGGUGGUCCUAUGGGCCCUGGCGGUCCAAUGGGCCCUGGUGGUCCAAUGGGCGGUCCAGGACCACGACGAAAUCAAAACCACCGGCCCCUGCAACCGCCCCCAUUUUGGGAGGACAUGAUGUCGCCAAAUCACGGUCCGCCGCCCAUUCAGCCCCCGAUGCCCAAGUGUCCAAGUAUGUGGAAUCUAGUGCCCAAAGAGCGAGGGCCGCAGCGACAGAAUCGCAGCAAUCAAAGCAACCAGCAGCAACCAAACAAAAAGUUCAAACCCAAUAACAACAAUAAUAAUAAUCGCGGCAACAACAACAAUUCUAAGGAUUCCAAACUAAUGCCACCGCCGCCUCCUCCUGAGUCGUCAACGUCGUCGUCAAGCGAAAGCAACAACACCUCCCAGUCAAAUGGAGGUGGUCAGCCUUCUAAGAAACCCAAACGCAGCGGCGCCUUUAUACAAAUCAACGGAGAGUGGAUCCAAAAGCCAGAGGCUCCACCGCCUCUUGAUGAUGCGCCGCCCGGCACAAAGGAGGAACGCCAGCGUCAGUGGAAGGAGUAUCGGCAGGCGAUGAAACCGUUCAAGAACCGUGAAUUUCACAACUGGAAGCGGACGGUGCAGCGUUUGGGCAAGCUGCCGCGUGACCAACUUGACGAACAGCAGCUCGAGCGGCUACAGAAGGCCGAGGAGUACAUAGGCGCACACAAAGCGAUGCUGACGGUCAAGCACGCAGAGCGCUGGGUGCAGCAGGACAAGGAUGAAAGCGGACAAGUAUUUGUACGCAAGUCAGCCAACAUGGGCAAUUGGGAGAAGCCCAGAGAAGGGGCCAAUAGUUUUGACUCGAAGAAACCACAGAUGCAGAACUUCUUUGGUCCUGGACGGGCCAUCAAGGGCGGCGUCAUGGACGGUUCCACCUUGAGCCAGCUAAUGACACAACCACCACCACCUCCUCCGCCGGAUGUGCCAACGGGUCAGUGGGCCUCCAUGGGAACAACCAGCACGGGCUCAAAUUCAAAUCCCUCUUACUACAGUCACUACAGCAACAAUUUCGUCAAAGGCGGUACCAUGCUGCCAUCCUAGGACGCUUCUUCAAGUCUAACCCCAGACGCGGGUUUUUACCAAUGUUUUUUUCAAUGGCAUAGCACCUCCGACGUAUUGACACCCUUCCGGACGACAGUUAAACAGAUAGUCUCCAACAGUUUCUUACUCCUUUUGAACCGAAGGGCAUUCGGCAUUUGUAUUCAGCGGAAGUUAAAAAAUGUAACAAAAUCAACAUA